UUUUCCUUUUGUAUCCCGCCGGCCGAAGUUUUUUUUAAUCUUAUUAUUGGCUGAUGGAAUAGGUGUGUUUAAAAAGAUAUUUCAGCUAUAAAUUCAGCCGAGAAAUACCAGCUAGUCCACUGCCUUUCGCCCGCUUGAUCCUUGUUGUCUUUCCAACAGAAGAACUCUGCCACCAUGCCAUCCCAAUUGGAAGGGGCUAUGGACUCGCUCAUCCAAGUCUUCCAUAAGUACUCUGGCAAGGAGGGGGACAAGUACAAGCUCAACAAAGGCGAACUCAAGGACCUUCUGCACCAUGAGCUGCAACAUUUCUUGGCGGCUCAGAAGGAUCCAUCACUAGUGGACAAUAUCAUGAAAGAUCUCGAUUCCAAUAGAGACAAUGAGGUGGAUUUCAAUGAAUUUGUUAUUUUAGUUGCUGCUCUAACUGUUGCCUGCAAUGACUUCUUUCAGGAGACACUUCGAAAAAAAGCACAGGCCAAAUAGAACUUAAAAUAUAUUCAACAGGCAUCUUAGUAAAUUCCAUACUAAAAAUGAUAACUUAGCCUGCCACUUUCCCCAUAUAGAACUGUUGUAACUUAUACUGCAUGUGCAUACAUUUUGUAAGUAUAUAUAAUUUGCUUGAAAUGCAAUAAAAUUCCUAAAGAUAUUCAAAUGCUUUUCACAAAAUUAUCUCACCUCUAUAUUGUCAAAGAACUCUCCUUGUUAAGCUUCAUGUCUAUUACUGUUUUCCCACACUUCAACCAGGAUGGACAAUGUAACCUGUUUUGAAAUACUGUAUAUUGCCGUGACCAGAGUGAGUUUGCAGCUUUCAAAGCAGUUUGCAGUUUACUUACAAAAGAAAAAUAACAAAUAGAUUCAGGAAUAUUUUGCCUCUUGUAACCACUCUGCUAUUCAAUCAUACUGAGGUCGAAGGACAAUAGCUCAUAUCUCAGUUAGCAAUAAAAUUUGCAUGUAAAAUAUAGCACAAAUGGUUACAGCUACUAAUUAAAAUAUAUAUAUUAAAGUAGUUUUUCAUCUUCUUAACUAGGGGAUAAAGUCAAAUGGUUUAUAGAGUUAUGAAGUUAAAUUCUGUAAACAUAUUAAGUUAAUAUUUAUUAAAGCAUAGCAUAAACUGAGAGGCUUACAAACUGGCAUAUGCAUUAAGGAUCACAAUUUGAAUCUUGAUACCAGAAUAUAGUUUGCAAGGUUUUCAAUGUAUUUGUACUAGACUGAGUCCAGGGAUACACAAAUACUUUUAAAUUAGUAGAUAUUGACAGAUUUAAGCAACACUGCCUUGUAUCCUUUGUCCAAAAAAACUGUAACCUCCUUCUGUUUCCUUCUAUUUUUUUCUCUAUAUAGUUUAUUCAAAAAAGGCUGAACUUCUCAUGAACUCUGGGGAGUAGUAGUUCCGCACAUCUCCAGUAAACACCUAGGUUAUAAUGUUGGUUGCAUUGUUCCCCGACAGAUCAAAUGUUCUGAGAAUGAACCCCUCCAUUAAGCAGAGUGACUUUAAUCAUGUGAAGUUUAACUGAGACCUAAAUCCACAUAUGAAGACCCAUUUUCUUACAAGUUGUACUCUGUUGUCUCUUCUGGUAGGUAAUAACCCCAGUCAAUGAUUGACCUUAAUAUAACACCUUAAGUGAUGAAAUUAAUGAUAGCUAAUCUUGGUUUUUCCUACUGAACAAUAUUGCCCACGGCAGCUGAAGGGCAGUUGUCUAUUGAAUAAGUAACAUUAUGAAUCUGUGACUCAAAUAGAGACUCUUUGUCACAUUUUAUCUGACAAAUAGUAACCCUAAGAAUAUCGGUAGUUCACUGCAUUGUCAGUGUGCUUAAUUACUAGUGCAGGAAUUAAAUACUUAAUCUUCUGAAUUAGUAAUAAAUGUAUUACUGAGUAAGCAAAAGAAGUACUUAAGAUGACUUCCAUGUUUCUCACCAGUUAUAAUUGGCAAUCCUGAAAUAUAUCUUCUGAAUCAAAUUUUAAAUUGAUGGGAAUACUUCGUCACAAAUGGUAAUCACUGUAUUCUGAAUUGACUCACAGAGCUCCAAAAAUUAGUAAUUGAAAUUCUAACUCUAAGAGAAGGAAAUACUAAAUCAUGUAGGGAAAAUCAUAAUAGUUAUGCAUAAAUCUAAAGUGAGAGGCCAUGAUAAUUGCCUCUACUAUGAAGCGCUUAAUGGCUCAACUACAUGGCACAAAUGAGGGUUGGAAUAAACUAGCCAAUAUUGACAAACUGCCAUAAUUGCAAAAUUAAAAUGAGCAAUAUGUUGAAGAGAUAGCAAAACAUUUGUGUAAGUGUAAAAAAAUACCUUUUACUUUAGAAAAAGAUAUGCACUCAAAUUUGGUUGGUUUCCUGUGUGCCUGGAAAUAAAUCUAUGGUAUUAUACUGGAAAUAAAUCUAUGGUAUUAUGGUUAAGUAACAAACCAUGUUUAACUCUAAAUAUAACUUAAACAUUAGAAUUAUUCCUACUAAAUGACAUCCAAUACAAACCAAUUAAUUUUAUGAUUCAAGCAAGUUACAUCAGUGCUGUGUUAAAUGUUUUUAUGAAUAACAUUUUUGACCCUUUGUUUAAUCAUCAAAACAACCAUUACACAUUUUCAGGUGGCAUUGAUGAUGGAUAAUAUACACUUCUUGUACAAUAGACUCCACUUAUGUCUGUGCGUUGGUUCCAACUGGCCUAUGAUGUAACUGUUAAAAGCCUAGUUACUUCUCAAGCGUACCAUUCCAAGAGUCAUUUGUAAGCAAGCAAAGCACCAAGUAAUUAUAACUGUAUAUAUGUAAUUCAUCCGAGUCAUCGAUAAAGAAUGUCAUAUUUAA